AUGCUGCUUCAAAUGCUAGCUGCAAUAUGCGUCGUGCCGGGACUGUUCAACACACAGCAGUUACAGGCAGCGGCUGAUGUGACGACCCCGGCAGGGCGGGUAGCCGGGCUGGAGUUGGACGUGCUCGGGACGACAGUUCACGCCUUCCUGGGAAUCCCGUUCGCACAGCCGCCAGUCGGAGAACGGCGGUUCAAACUGGCCGAGCCCAUGGAGCCAUGGGACGGGAUAUACAACGCAACAAGAAUACCUUAUGCAUGCAGCCAAGACAGAGAAGUAGUUAAUGAUCAAAGUGACCUAUGGGGACUGAACGCGCCGAAGAGCGAGGACUGCCUGUACCUGAACGUGUGGCAGCCAACCCCCGCCCCCACCGGGGCCGCCGUGCUCGUCUGGAUAUACGGGGGAUCCUUCGAGUGGGGAUCCUCGUCGCUACCCACCUACGACGGAAGAUACCUCGCUGCCACAGAGGGAGUUCUCGUGGUCUCCUUUAACUACCGGGUCAGUGCGUUAGGCUUCCUCUACACUGGUACGCCUGACGCGCCAGGCAACGUCGGUCUGACAGACCAGGUCCUGGCGCUGACGUGGGUACAGGACAACAUCGCGGCUUUCGGAGGUGAUCCCGCAAGGGUGACUCUGUUCGGCGAAAGCGCCGGCGGAGUCAGUAUCGGGUACCACCUGAUAUCUCCCGGUAGCAGGGACCUCUUCAGCCGCGCGAUACUGCAGAGCGGGACCGCCCUGAAUCCCUGGGGGUACAACUCCGAAGCUGUCGCAUACGAGAAAACAGUGGCCUUUGCCAACCACUUGGGAUGUCCGACAGAACAAGGCUCGACCGGAAUGCUGGCCUGUCUUCGAGAUAAGGACGCUCAGCAACUUGUUGAUACUUCAGCCGUGGGAUACGCAACGAUCCUCCCUGUUGUAGAUGGAAGUUUCCUGCCGGAAAGCCCACCGGUUGCCUAUCAGAAUGGGGCGUUCAAAAAAGCAGACCUCCUCCUCGGUUCUAAUGAAGAUGAAGGCGUCUAUUUCCUCAUUAGCAACCAAUAUCCCGGCUUUAGUAAUGACACAGAAAGCCUGAUCACCAAGGACCAGUUUCUACAGUGUAUUCGCUACGCUAUUCCAGUACUAAACGAGUUCGGUGUUGACGCCGUCGCCUUCCAAUACACUGACUGGGAACGUCUAGACCAAGACACCAUGUACCGCGACGCAAUGGAUGAUCUUUACGGUGGUUACAUCUUCGUCUGCCCUGAUGUCAACACCGGGCGUGCCCAUCUACGGAAUGGAGCCACGUCCUACAUGUACCGGUUCUCCCACCGCCCCUCCGCCUCCCCCUACCCGGCCUGGGUGGGCGCCAUUCACGGCGAGGAGGUGCCGUUCGUGUUCGGCCUGCCUCUGGAUCCUGUCUACGGGUUCACCCAGGAGGAGAAACAGCUGGCUCGCAGGAUGAUGCGGCACUGGGCCAACUUUGCCAGAACAGGAGAUCCAAACAACAACAACGAGAGUGGUUGGAGCGCCUUCAACACGACCCAUGGCGGGUACAUGGUGCUUGAUGCGUCGCAGCCCCGGAUGCUGACCGGCCCGAGCACAAGGAACUGUGCUUUCUUGGACAACUACUUGAAGCCUCUAUCAAACAAGACAGAUGCUUUGAUGAAUGAUGUCCCGUGUGCCUCCGCAUCAGGAGUACCGUUCCACACCCGCCCAGGGAUUGUGGGGAGCAAUCUGACAGCUUGUGUGCUGGUUAUCUUGCUCGUCAUACAGUCAACACUAGUAUUUGAGUUCCUCCAGCUUUGA